AUGCCUCGUGCGACAGCCGGUACCCUGGUCCAGUGCGAUCCCUCAAUCAAAGCCAUCAUCAGCAAAAUCAACGAAGAAAACGGCGGCCUCUAUAUCUCCGAAGACAUUGACGACGAGACAUGCUUGAUCAACACUAAGAAGCUUGAUGAACUCAAGCAAAAGCUCAAAGAUGCCCUCAAAGACACUGUUCGUGAAGCAGAAGACUCGAGCUCCGAGUAG